AUGAUGUUUUCCCCUUUACGAUGUUUGUUGUUAAGCUAUGCCUUUGACUACGUUAUCGCGUCUUCGCCUGGUUUGAGUGAACAGCAGCCAGUUAUGUAUGGAGAUCCUCUCGAGGACAAUAGCUGCCAUCAAACGUGUAUAGCUCUCCAACAAACCCUUCAGGAAACCUACUAUGGAUCCAUUCCCUCAGAUUUCACAUCCACCUACUACUCCUUCCAGCAAGUAUCAAUCGCUCCGGCCUGUAUAAUACGGCCUCAUUCUCCUUCUGAAGUAUCAUCCGCUCUGAGAACCAUCCGCGAGUCUGACUGUCAGUUUGCUAUUAAAAGUGGAGGACAUAACAUGAAUCAAGGAUUUUCUAAUGUGGAGGGCGGUAUCACUAUUGAUUUGAUGAGGAUAAAGGAUAUUGAAAUUUCGGAGGAUGAGGAGAUUGUGAAGGUAGGAGCGGGAUGCCGAUGGGGGGAAGUUUAUGAGGUUGUAGAACCGAGGGGAUUGAUGGUCGUUGGGGGAAGAGAUUCGACGGUGGGAGUAGGAGGAUUCCUUUUGGGUGGUGGAAUAUCGUUCCUAUCUCAAAGAUAUGGAUGGGGUUCUGACAAUGUUCAGAAUUUCGAGAUUGUACUUUCCAAUGGAACGAUAGCAAAUGCAAAUGCUCAUGAUAAUUCAGAUUUGUACUGGGCAUUACGGGGAGGAGGAAAUAACUUUGGUAUCGUCACGAGAUUUGAUCUACAGACUUAUCCGCAGGGUCCUGCAUGGGGAGGUCAAAAUUAUUACCUCUUCUCCGACAUGUCAACUCAACGCAAUACUCUCUCUAUUUCUCCCCGCCCCUUCCUCCCUCUCUCCUUACAUUCUCUAACCAUCCCCCUCACCAACUUUUUCCUCAAAACUGCCUGUCUCCUCUCCUACUGCACAUCCACCACCACGUUCCUAAACGCCAUCCAAGACCUUAUCACAAACCAAACCUCCGACACCUCAAGUCAAUUCUACGGUUCCAUCGGUUACCUCGCCCAAUAUGAUUUAUUCGCUGGUCUUACUUGUCUAACGAAUUCAAAUGGUGUGGCUAAUCCUUUGGCCUUCGAAGGGGUAAGGAAAUUGGGGGCUUACAGCACGAAUCGGAAUGCUAGUAUGGGAGAAUUGGCGAAGGAGUUGACGAGUAUGGAUUAUUGGGGUGACCGAACUAUCUGGGCAACCAUGACUCUCUACCCUCAUCCAGAGCUCUCCCAGAAAAUCCUCAAUCUCUUCCUCGAGCAAAUAGAAACUAUAAAACAUGUCCCUGGCUUUCUCCCGAGUUUUGUGUUACAACCGCUAGUUCCUACCGUUCAUUCGGAUGGAACUCAGAGUCCAAAUGGAUUAUCUGGAAAUGAUGGGACGCUUAUUAUCUUCAACAUAAAUAUAUGGUGGUCUUCUCAGGCCUCCGACUCCUACACGCCCCUAAUACAACAAUCCACCCACGAUCUCAUCUCCAAACUCACCCUGUUCGCUAAAGAAUUGGGGAUCCUGCAUAAAUAUAUUUAUCCCAAUUACGCAGAUGCGAGCCAGGAUGUAUUCGCAGGUUAUGGAGAGGAAAAUCUGUCACGGUUAAGAAAAGUACAGGAGGCUUAUGAUCCGGACGGUACUUGGCGGAGAUUGCAAAGUGGUGGGUUCAAGAUUUGA